GAUCAGGCAGAAAACGCAAUUCACUGACUCCUAGAACGACUAUGUUUCCUUGUCCUGGCUGUCGGCAUGAUAUUGAUCUUGGAGAACGUGGCAUCAGCGGCUUAUUUCGAAACCUUACUUUGGAAACCAUUGUGGAAAGAUAUAGGCAGGCAGCCAGGGCAGCCACAGCUAUUAUGUGCGAUUUCUGCAAACCUCCAGCUCAAGAAUCCACAAAGAGCUGCAUGGACUGCAGUGCCAGCUAUUGCAAUGAAUGUUUCAAAGUAUACCAUCCUUGGGGAACUGUAAAAGCUCAGCAUGAGUACGUAGGACCAACCACCAACUUCAGACCCAAGAUUUUGAUGUGCCCAGAACAUGAAAUGGAGAGGGUAAACAUGUACUGUGAAAUUUGCAGAAGGCCUGUUUGUCAUCUUUGUAAACUGGGUGGAUCUCAUGCAAACCAUAGAGUAACAACCAUGAGCACGGCCUACAAAACCCUUAAGGAGAAGCUUUCAAAAGAUAUAGAAUACCUCAUCAGUAAGGAGAGCCAGGUAAAAGGUCAAAUCUCUCAGCUGGGUCUCCUGAUGAAGGAAACAGAGUGCAAUGGUGAGAGAGCUAAAGAAGAAGCAUCUCAGAAUUUUGACAAACUGUUCGAUGUUCUGCAAGAGAAGAGAUCAGUAGCUCUCAGGGCAAUUGAAGCAUCUAAGAACUUAAGGCUGGAAAAACUACAAACCCAAAUAGAGGAAUAUCAAGGUCUUCUGGAAAAUAAUGGCCUUGUGGGUUAUGCUCAAGAAGUGCUCAAAGAAACUGAUCAGUCUUGUUUUGUUCAAACAGCAAAACAACUUCAUGUCAGAAUCCAAAAAGCUACUGAGUCCUUGAAGAGCUUCAGGCCAGCAGCGGAAACUUCUUUUCAAGACUUUGUGGUGGAUGUAGCCAAGCAAGAAGAGGUUCUUGGUGACUUGUCCUUCUAUUCCAAUGGUCUAGAGGUACCAGAAAUCAAUGAAGAGCAGAGUAAAAUGUACAACAAAGCUGUGAUCAGUUGGGAAUAUCCUGGGAAAGCAGACUCAGCUGAUAUAUAUGUCCUUGAGUAUCGUAAGCUUAAUAAAGAUGAGGAGAGUGCAACGUGGCAGGAGAUCGAAGUUUGCAGCAAGAGCAAAAUAAUAUCAGAUCUUGAUAACAACAGCAGCUAUGCCUUCAGAGUCCGAGGAUACAAAGGGUCCAUCUGUAGCCCUUGGAGCAGAGAAGUUAUCUUGCAUACACCUCCAGCUCCAGGUACCGUUUCAUUUAUGUCCAGAAACAGGGCUGGAUUUCCUCUGCUGCUAGGAGCUGAACGCAUACAGGUUGGCUGUUAUACAACCCUGGAUUAUAUCAUUGGCGACACUGGGAUUGCCAAAGGGAAGCAUUUCUGGGCUUUUCAUGUGGAAGCCCAUUCGUACCUGGUGAAAGUGGGAGUUGCGUCUAGCGCCAAGAUACAGGAAUGGCUCCAUAAUCCCCGUGAUGUGACCAGCCCAAGAUACGAACAAGACAGUGGUCAUGACAGUGGGAGUGAAGAUACCUGCUUUGAAUCAUCCCAGCCUUUUACACUGGUCACUUUAGGCAUGAAAAGUUUCUUUAUCCCCAAGGCACCUGCCGCCCCCAAAGAUUCAGCGAGCAGAAUCCUUCCCAUGCCAUCGUGUAUAGGGGUCUGCCUUGACUAUGACAAAGGCAAGGUUGGAUUCUACGAUGCAGAUCAUAUGAAAUGCCUUUAUGAGCGCCAGGUGGACUGCUCUGGAAUAAUGUAUCCGGCAUUUGCUUUAAUGGGUGGCUCAGGAAUUCAUCUUGAGGAAGCCAUCGCAGCAAACUACUUGGAGUACCAAGAUGACAUAUAAUACUAGUGAUCUUUUCCCAUUGCUGUUUUGAGAUGGAAAAUGAGAGCAGAGGUAUUCUGCCUUAGCGUUCAGUCCUAAUUAAUUACAUCAUAUUUAAGUGCUGCACACAAGCCUUUGGGUCAUGUUUUUUUAAACAAACGGCCCAGUUGCUUCUACAAGCGGGAAACGUUCUUCCAGCAACUCUCCUGCCUUUCUUGUGAUCUGUGCGAUGCUGUUCUCCGCAGACUUCCUUCCUAGGGGGAGGCAGUUGGGAAGAAGUUUGACUAGCAACCAAAACUACUCCUCGGGGUGGAAAUCUGCCUUUUAAGUAAUUUAAAUCCUUACAUAGUUGGUUUUGCAUUAUUGGAGUCGAAGCGACGGUGUGUGAUUGCCAUUCUCCUUUAAGAAAUCUGCCUGAAUGCAUUUGAGCGGUCAAAUGCUUUCUGACUAACCCCUGAGCACCACUAGGGUGGGCCUUGCAGUGCUAAGUAACGCUUGCACAAGUACAAAGCAGUGAGAAAGCAAAACUGCAGCUGAAUGUUUAGGUUGUAUUUGGAAGGAGAGGGUUAAACUAAAAACUGAUCGUAUUUCAUGUACCUUUAGUGUGACUGUAAGCUAAAACUCUAAUUCUGACACCUGGUGUAUAGUUGGUGGCAUAAUGGUAAGUUUCUUUGCUCUUCCAGGUUUUUAGUGUAGGCUACGUAAAGUAAAUAAAGUGCAAUUUGACCUUAAACAUCAGACUUCUGAGUGUGAAGUCUGAAUUUCUUGCAUGUAUGAGUAAUAGUACCUGGUAUGUGGGCAAAAGCAAAUGAGUUAUUAACGUAAGUAAUGAAAUGCGAACUUUUAAAUUCAGGUAUUUCUGUUAAUACAUGUUUUAUAAGUUAACUUUGUAUCUAAUAAAGGCUCGUUUUUAGUAAGAAUGUUAAAAAUGCACUGAUUAAGUUUUGAGACCCACGUUUUGCCUUAAAGGGUGUCUCUGUUCAAAUUUCUGUUCCUCUCAUGUUCAAAACUGUAUCGGGUAGUAGUGUUUGCAUCUGUCUGGAAGGAAUCUGUCUAAAAAUCCAUUUGAGUACUUGCACUGUUAGCUUGCAUUGUGAAAAAUAUGGAUCUAAAGUGAAGGACGUUUCUAAUACAUACUUGGUGCUUUCUGAUUUUGGGGUAUAGUGGCCCAUCUUGAUGAAUGUGUAUGAAGUAUGCUUACUAAGUGCAUGUAUACAGUUGUAGAAAUGGGACCUGAAAAUCACAAUACACUUAAAUGAAUGUAGGUCAUAAUGCAAAACCUUAGCUAUGCUUUGCUGUAUGAACUGUCAUGCUGAUCAGAUUAGAGUCUGCCUCUCCCAGGGUCCUCUCUCCUAAGCCUCCAUCCAGCGGCCACUGUUGGAAGAUAAGAACAGGGCAAUGUGGAGGGGUUGUUCUCCUGCCGCGCACUCCCAGCCUCUGGUAAUCGGCAGAAGAGUCACUUGCCCCAAGGGGAGUGUGAUAGCCCUCUUGGGGCUAGAUAGGCUCAGCAAAGGCAACCUCUCGUGUUUGUCUUGCCACUAAUGCUCUUGCCUUACUAAUACUGUGGGGCAGUAAGUUCCACAGCUUAAUUGUGUGCUUGUCUAAGAAAUACUUUGAUAGACUUAGGCAGCAGUUUUUAAACAGUGGGUAUUUCCUGGGACUUCUCCUGCAGGAGAAAUGGCAAAUCGUCUGUCACUAGUCAUCCUUUACGUUAUUUCUUUGUAUAAUAGAUCUUUAUCAUAGUCUUUCCUUCCCAUUACACCCUCCUCAUUUUUCCUUUUUUUAUAUCCACAUUUCCUGCCUACCUAGUCGCUCAUGGCGCGGAAACUGUUCUGUGCUCAUGAGCAUCCUAUUGCCCCUCUUGUUGUCUUCUCUCACUUUUCAAGACCAAGUAGAGCAGCGCUCCGUACGGACACACUCUGCUACUGUGAAGGCUGACAAGGUGCUGGGUUUUGUUUUUUACCACGGUCCUAAAACUGUGAUUGUCUUUUUUGAUAGUGAAUAUCAAGCUAGUGUUUUCAGAGGUUCUUCUGCAUGAUCCUAAUGAUGAGUUCUACACAAGCUAUGCACAUGUAGGGUUUCCCCACUCCGUUAUCUUGUAUUUAUUAAUGUUGACUUUCAACUGCCAGUUUUUCUAGGGACUUAAGUCCUGAGGGCCUUCUGCAGCUCUUCACAGUCAUUUCUAAACUUGAUUGCUGCUGAGUAAUUUUGUAGGUAGCACAAAUAUCCUUUUUGGUUUGCUUCCUUUCCUAGAUCACUGAGGAAUAUCUCGAAUAACUUAAAUUGUAGUGAGACCCAGCAAAUCUCCUUCCAUUGUUAAAAGUUACUGUUUCUUCCAUUUUUGUUUCUUUGUUGUUUAUUAACCCAUGAAUAGUUCAAUCCACCACAGAAAACUUUCAAAUUCUAGUCCACUAUAUUGACUAGAUCACUCAUCCUUUUGUGUGUGAGCUCAGUAAAGUCGAAUAGACCCAGGAGGCAGGAUUCUCUCUUCAGUAGCUGUGUCUUCUCUCAUCACCGUUUGUCCAUAUAUCUACCAAAUCUAGUAUAAGCUUAAACCUAUCGAUUUUAGAGGGUUGGACUUAUCUGGGAACAACAGACCAGACAAAUCUUUUUCUACGGAUGAGUAUCAUACAUGUCACUUCUGACUCUUCUGUUUCAGAAACUGGUCUAAAUGGCACAUUUUAUGUCACGGUUAGCAUUCCACAAUUCUGCACUGAGAUUCUUUGGAAACAUCUGAAUUGGUAUCCCUAGGAUGUAGCAGUUGAUUACUGUUUGUUUAAUGAAAUCUUUGUAAAGUAAACACUUUGUCUUAAAUACUAAGAGUCCCUCAGACUCACUCCUUUUUUUUUUUUUUUUUUUUUUUUUAAAUCUGGUUUGAGAACAGAGGUGAGGGAUGAAGAAUUCUUUAUUUUUUUUCUACUCUCGCCUUACCUCACAUUCAUUUAAGAUGUGCUUAGCUAUGCAAUUACUUACUCUACUGGACAGAGACUGAUGCUACUUUAAAAGCUCAUCCUUUGACGAGAACAUUAAUCUAGGUUUUGAUAUGUCUGUAUUUAUCUCACUCUGAGUUUAAAAAUUGAUUUGGCAUUUGGUGUUACUUGAAUACUUUGGACACAUUCAUUACAGUACUAUAUGGUGCUUACUCCAAUUUAUUAAAUACAAAACGUAUUGUCAGAAGCAAAGGCUUUUUUUUCACUACAAUGGAAAAGUGUCAUCUCUUCAAAAUGCAGUUCAACGGUACUUGCCUAUCCAGAUAUUUUUUUUUUCCAAACCAAUUUUCUUCCUACAAAACAGCACUUUACAAUGUAGACUAAGCUAAGAAUGGUGUGGUAUUGUGUGGAUCCUUGUGCAAUAUAGCUGUUUGGUGAUUACUGUGUGAUCUGCAAAGCUCCAUGCAGGUGUGAAUCAUGUAGACCCUUUUUCUUAAAUAUCUAAAGCUUUAACAAGAAGGCCUUGUUUAAAAAUAUUCUGAAAUGUAAA